GCCAGGCUGAUGACCUCUUUAAGACCAGCAACUUCCUCCUAAAUAUCAGAAUCGGCUCAGCCUAUAUUACCCACAUUUCCUUCCCUCUUUCCUUCUGCCUCAAAAUCUCUGCCCUCAUUCUCCAUUUCAUAGCACGAGACAAAACCGAGCCUUUACCUUAACCUCCAAGACUCGCCCAAUCAUCCCAACAAAUUGCUCAUCGAUAAUGGGAGGCUGUGCGAGCAAGCCCAAGGAGUUGGACGUCCACCGCGAUUCCGUCCCCAGUGAGGCUCCUGCCAGCCCCAAGAAGGCUGAGGCACAAGAGUCUGUUGCUCAAGAGAGUAAGAAUGAAGCACCGUUGGUGGACGUCUCCGAGCCGAAAGAGGAGGGCGAGAACACAACUGAAACCAAGGCUGCUGAUGUUGAAGUUGUGUCUGCGGAAGCUGCUGAAGAUGUGACUGCCAAGCCUGAAGAGGAGGAGAAACCUGAAGCCUCCCCUGAGACAACAGAGGAAGACAAGGUUAAGGUUGAGGCUGUUGAUGAGACACAAGAGACACCUAAAGAAGGGCAAGUUGAGGCGAAUAAGACCGAGGAUUCAGACGCGGCUCCAGCCUAGGAGGACAAAAGUGAUGCCCCUCUUGUCACUCAUGUGAUGAUAUUUCUAAUUAAUUGUAUUCAGCAAAAUGGGAAAGAAAGAAUGAUGAGAAGAUCAUAGAGCCAUAAUGUGCUUGAGGGAUGCAUUUGCAAACGGUUAUUUUGUGUUGUCUUGUUUGUCUUUGAAUUUUUGGAACUAUGCAAGAUCAUUUUUUUCUUUUCGUUUAUAUGAGUAUGUAAUUUAGACAAAAUGUUGCUUCGUCACUUCUAGUCCUUCCCAUCAUUUUUUCACAA